AUGAGCCGGGCGAUGGGUCUCGAAGGCGCGCUGGACGUCGAGACGUUGCUGGGCGUCGCGCACCCCGUGCCCGUGGUCGCGUGGAACGUGGGCGGGCGGCCGCCGUUCCAACCCAGCUCGAACAAGGACCAGAACUCCAACGAGCCGUACCUCGAGUGGCUGCACCACCUGGCGGCGCUCGACGAUGCGGCACUCCCGCGCGUCGUGUCCGUGUCGUACGCCGACGAGGAGCAGACGGUGCCGCCGCGCUAUGCCGCCCGCGUCUGCGAGGCCUUCGCCCAGCUCGGCGCACGCGGCGUCAGCGUCAUCGUCGCCUCGGGCGACGAGGGCGUCGGCAAGGAAGGCAAGUGUGUCUCCAACGACGGCGCCGACACCCCGAGGUUCAUGCCGGCCUUCCCCGCCUCUUGCCCCUACGUCACGGCCGUCGGGGGCACGCGGCACUUUGACCCCGUCAUGGCCGGGUUCGACGCGCGGGGCGGAUUCAGCACCGAACACGCUGACAACAAGGCAUAUGGUUCGAUCAACGUAUUAGGCGGCGGCUUUAGUAACUACUUCCCCCGGCCCCGCUACCAGGAGCCGGCCGUUGCGGCCUACGUCGCCGGCCUGAACACCACACACGGCGGCCUAUACAACCCCCAGGGUCGGGGAAUCCCCGACGUCGCCGCCAUGGCCUACCACUUCCCCGUUGUGUGGAACGGCACUUCACACCUGCUCGAUGGCACGAGCGCGUCGGCGCCGACCUUCGCCGCCAUCAUUGCCCUCAUCAACGACGCGCUGCUGGCCGAGGGACGGCCGUCCUUGGGCUUCCUGAACCCCUGGCUCUACAGCUCAGCCCUCCCUGGCCUGCGCGAUGUCACCAUCGGCUCGAACCGCGGCUGCGGUACCAUGGGAUUCCCGGCCGUGGAGGGCUGGGAUGCUGCCACUGGGCUCGGCACGCCGUGGUUUCCGGUGCUCAAGCACUUGGCGCUCCGGGAUGCUUUUCGAUGGGACCAUCCUUGGUAUGUAGCGGAUUUGGCAUGA